AGCUGAGGAGGUCCUUUCUGGGGAGGGGCCGGACCUCGCGCUCCAGCCCGGGCUGAACAGAACGGCCGGCCGAGAGUGGAGGGGCGCGCCUGGCAAACCGAACGAGACGAGAUGCUGCCCAGUGGUCCCCAUGUCUUGCUGUGCCUUGUGGCCCUUGCUGCUCUGUCCGCCUGGAUACAGCCAGGGGCCAAUGCCCAGCGAGGGGAUGACACGACUCCAGAGACCUUCACAGAUGACCCUAACCUAGCAGUGGAUGACCCCCCGACGGAUGACACAGCCCUGGCCGAUAUCCAGCCUCUAACGGACGAUUCAGCCGCCUCGGACAAGAACGCCACCGCAGAAUGUCGGGAGGAGCAGUUCCCCUGCACCCGCCUCUACUCGGUCCACCGGCCGGUCAAACAGUGCAUCCAGCAGCUGUGCAUCACCAGCCUGCGCCGCAUGUAUAUCAUCAACAACGAGGUUUGUUCCCGUGUCGUCUGCAAGGAGGAUGAGGUCAUGAAAGAUGAGCUUUGCCGCCAUUUGGCUGGUCUGUCCCCACGCCGUCUUCGCCGUUCCAACUUCUUCCGCCGGCCCCAUUGCCGGGACGAGAACCCCCAGGGACCUCGUGGCCUCUGAAGAGAAGGAGGCGAAGGAGGUGGAAUAAGAAAAAGGGGAGGAGAAGGAAGGAAAACAUCACCGACCUCCAAGAAACCCAAUCUGCUUCACCCUGCCUUCUCCUGCCCUCUAACCUGCCCUGCCCUCAGCCCCCCAACCUGACCCUGGCCCCUUUUGUCCCCCACAACCCUUUUCCAUCUCUCUCCCCCUUCCCCUCUGUCCUUUCCACACUGCCCUCCCCUGCUUCCCUUGCCCAGCCCUGCCUUCCCUUAGGGGUCUCUGCCAAUGCCCUCAGCCUCCAACAGGUAAUCUCCAUUGGUCCCUCAGCUCCCCUAGACCCUCGCUUGGGGAGAAGUGCAAGUCUGGAAUUUUAGUUCACAGAUCGAAGUUUCCUUUCCAUAUCCUAAUUCCCUCCUCCUUUUCCCUCCCUUGCCUCCUUCCUUCCGUGCCCUUCCUGGGGCUCUCCGCCACUUAGCCCCGGCAGCACUAGCCUCUGCUUGGGGGUCUCUUUCAGGGCGAAGGAGGGGAUCUUUUGUCUUGUUACUGUUAUUCUCCCCAAAAUACUUUGUUCCCGGCCCACUACUCACUAGGAGCCCAAUAAAUUCCAUUGACUGAC